UCCAACUUCUUCCCACAUCCAACUCUCCCUCUCAAAAGAUGCUCCUGCGUAGCACCACCUGCAUCCCUCUCCCCACCUCCCUCCACCUCCCCACCACCACCACAUCCCGCCACCAACCCCAAUCCAUCUCCAUAUCCGCCUCGUCCUCCUCCUCAUCAUCGGCCAGCUUCCCCGCCACUGCCCUCUCCAUCUCCGACGCGGAGCUCGAGUCCCGGGGCUUCUCCCUCCACCGCGACACCACGUCCCUCAGCCUGGACCAGCUCAAUGCGGUGUUCGUGGCCGUUGGCUUCCCGCGGCGCGACCUGGGUAAGAUCAGGGUGGCGCUGGAGCACACGGACGCCCUGGUGUGGGUGCAGCACCAGAGGACAGAGAAGCCGGUGGCCUUCGCGAGGGCGACCGGCGACGGCGUGUUCAACGCCAUUAUAUGGGACGUGGUGGUGGAUCCCUCGUUCCAGGGGAUUGGGCUAGGGAAGGCCGUCAUGGAGAGGCUGGUCGGCGACCUGUUGGCCAAAGGGAUCAACAACAUCGCGCUGUAUUCGGAGCCCCGCGUGCUCGGGUUCUACCGGCCACUGGGCUUCGUUGCGGAUCCGGAUGGGAUCCGAGGGAUGGUGUACUCGCGGAAGCAGAAGAAAAAAAGAUAGUCUUCAGGAUCAAAAGGGAAAGUGAUUGAUACCAAAAUCAUUCACAGCAAACAGUUCGAGAAUGACUUCGUUUUUGCACAUGUUACGGUUUAUUUAGUUUAGGACCGUUGUUUUCCUUUGGUUUUUUUUUUUUCCUCCGAGGAACCGUAACUGACCGGGCUCAGGUAGUUACGUCCUUCCUCAAGCAUGAUGAAACAACAUAUUCCUUGAAAUUGGUUUUAAGUGAA